AAAAAGGGGAGUGACCGGCAUACGACUUCCGGUUUCAUUUUGGCGUUUUUUAUUUCGGUUUUGUUUGUUGCACAUAUUUUGCCCGUACAUGAAGGGUUCAUGACAACAUAUACAAAUAUUUGCACUUGUAGGAUUUAUAGAAGAUGAAGACUGUUAGACAAGAAGUUGUGAAAGAAGUCACCAAGACAACUACACCAAAAAUUAACUUUACUAUCAGACAUGUUGACAUUCCAGUACCAGGUAAAGGACAAGUGCUGCUGAAAGUAAAGGCAUGUGCUCUUUCAUUGGUCAAACAAAAGAUUUUAGGUGAGGUAUUCAGUGAUCAUAUUCCACAAGAUUAUCCCUGUGGUCAGGAUGUUUCUGGUGUUGUGGAGAAAGUUGGAGAUAAUGUAACUCAUGUUAGCGUAGGAGACGACAUAGUUGGUACUCUGCCAUUAGACAGUGCAUAUUCAGGAUGUGGAGAAUACUGUAUUUUCAAUGAAUAUGAUCUAGUCAAGAAGCCACGCAUGUUAAGUUACACUGAGGCUGCUGGAGGUAUUGGUGACUGUAUAAGAGCCUAUACUGCAUUACACUACCAGGCGAGAAUCUGUGCCGGCGAUACAGUUCUAAUUAUUGAUGGGGCAUCAUCAUUUGGAACUGCUGCUAUACAAAUUGCAAGAUUAUGGGGUGCUAAGGUUAUAACAACAGUGAAUUCUGUUGCUGAAAAGUCCUACCUAGAUGGGUUAUUGCCCACCCUUGGUCACAUAAUUGAGAUAGGUCAGAGUAGCAAUAUCUUAGUGAGCUCAGUGAUGGAAGAAACAGGAGGACUUGGUGUUGAUGUUGUCAUUGAUAAUGGAGUGAAAAUGUACACCAAUGAAGAAGACUGUAAUUUACCAUCUGAGAGGAGAAAGUUCACGACCCCCCACAAACAUGAUGUCAUUUCCUGUUUGGGUAUUGCUGGAAAAUGGGUAACAUCUCAGUCAGAUCUGCAGCUGGAUCCCCCUGAUUCGCAGCUACUGUAUUUGAGGGGCGCUAGUGUGAACUUCCUGUUUGAUGCUGCCUGGACAUUGUCCUAUGCCCAGCAAGGCAGAUACGCACAUAUUUUACAUGAUGCCAUAGACAAACUUGACAGAGGAAAUAUAAAAUGUAAAGUUGUAAAAACAGUAACUAUAGACAACACACCAGCAGAACUGUCUCAGCUAGAAGACCUCAGAAUGGGAAAAAUCGUCAUGGCAACCUGACACAAUCUCUUUACAUAGACAAAUAAAUAAUAAAUAUAGAAUUGUCACAAGCUUGUUGACACUGUGAUAAGUGUUUGCUUACAUUGUUUGCUUAAGUUUUUGUUACCAUAAAAGUUAAUAACUAGGUUUGUAACUUUGGUAACUUUGUGUCUAGUGUAGUAUUAUGUACAUGAGAAUACUGAUGAUGUCAGCAUGUUUUGUAGAUACAUGUGUCUUCAAGUACUUACUGAUUUUAUUUGUUUCUUGGAAUGAACAUCACACUGACACAGUUAUUGGUCAUAUAGCAACUUUCCAUGUUUUCAUGGUGGAGAAAGAGCCUAGAUGUCUAUUGUGUCAGGCACACUCCGGCACAUGGAUUAAACAAACAAUCUUCUGUAAGUCAGCUUGAUGGCCUUUUUUGAAGGAAUUCUGGAUCCAAUGUGAGGUUUCGAAAGGUUAGUGAUUAAAAGUCAGCGACCUUAGCCAUUUGGCCAAGGAGGCCCCUAAAUGCUUACUGAUGUCAGGAAAUGGUAUCCAUAUUUAUAUGAAAUAUAAAUAUCUCCUGUGACUGAAUCACAGUUUUUGUGAUAACUACACCUGACAGAAAUAAUAUACAAUAUGACAUAGUGGUUCUUUGUGAACCAAUCUAUAAAUAGAAGCUAUAUUACUAUUACUGUUGUAAAAUUGGAUUAGAUAAAACAAAAUUUAAUGUUGAAUGUUUAGACAUGGGGAAUGUGCAAUUAUUUAUGUUAAUAAAGUCUUGGUUGUUUCCAUUUCAUUAAAAUAAGUGUUAAGAUUAUGAUGGUAAUGAUGACGAUGAUGAUGAUGACGAUAAUGAUUAUGAUGAUGAUGUUUCUCAUUAUAGUACCAUAGAAAGGAAUGUACAAACAGAUUUUUUAUGUAUUUUACAUUCCAGAAUUUUCUUGAAGAAAAAAAUGUAAUAAUUUUUGUGCUAUGUAAAAUAUCAUUUCAGAAUACAUAAUGUAAUGUUUCACCCAUAUUUCAUUUAUCAGAAUUAAACAUUGAUAAGUAUGA